AUGAGUAUCUCCUUCCCGCAAAACUCGCUGGAGUUCGCUCUGCGUGACAUUGGUGAAGAAGCAGGCGUUCCGAUUGAGAUCAAGGGUGGUGACCUGCAGUUGGACGGCAUCACGCGCAACAAAGAGAUCAAAGACUUUACGCACGAAAACAAACCAGCCGGGGAGAUCUUGGCUCAGCUUUUGGUGCGUGCGAACCCUGAGGCUUCGCCUGGUCCGAACACCGAAGUCCAGAAACUAAUUUACGUGAUUCACCCCAUGGAUGGUCCUGAAGAUGCAAAGAAGGUGGUGGUAACGACCCGCAAGGCGGCGGAGACGAACAACUACACGUUGCCGGACACUUGUUCUGCUCGCUUGAAAGUGAACAGCCGCUCGCUGAUCGGUCAGAUCGUGAACUGUCCCAAGUGUGGCAGCAUGCUCGAGAUCGCCGAUCCCGAUUCGGCCCCGGCACCGUCGGAAAAGAAGGCGAAAGAGGUCGCACCCGUCGCUCCUGUCGUCAAGCCAGAACCGACGCCUCCGGCAGAAACACCGCCUAGGGCCGUCACCUCACCCGAGUCGAGCACGGAACCUGAAGUUCCUGCGUCCGAUGCCGCUGCGACAUCAUCCGAUGGGGCGUUUGAUCAGCUCGACGAAAUGUUGGACGACUCGCCGGCUGAAGAUGCAGCUGUCGCAACGCCAUCCGAAGCCGCUUCGGCAACAACGCCUCCCAUCGAGUCUGGAAGAUUCGCCGACAGUGCUUCCGUUGGCAAGUGGCGCAACGUGGCGUUGAUUGGUGGAACGGCCGUUAUGGCGGUGACCACGUUCGCCAUUAUUGGCUACGCCGUUUUCUCAGGCAGCAAUGCUUCGCCGACGCCAGCUCCGGAAGAAGUCGAACCAACGCAAGUCGCUCAGUUCGAACCGCCGGAAGAGGAAACGAAACCAGCCGAAGAAGAAACGCAGCCG